AUGCAAUUCAAGGUCACUACUUAUGAAAACACAAAUUUGGAUUAUGAUAAAUUCUGCAAGUCACUUGCAUUGCUUUGCAUUGAGAAGACAGAGAGCAAACUUGGUAGAACAACGACUUUAGAGUUCUCCUUGUUUGUGAAAGAAAACUCCGAGGUCAUUGAGAUAGAAAAGUAUUCUAAACCUGGACAUGUUAAUGCACAAUUGAGUCUCAAGACUCAAGUCACUUGUGUAGGUUGGGAUGAAUAUUUAGGGGCCAACGAGGUAGCUUUUCGUGAUGGGAAUAAGCCUAUGCAUGUUUCAUAUUGGAUUGGGUCAAUUUUUAAUGGUCUUGUCAUUGCAAUUCCACCUCUUAAUCAGGCUACUCUUGGAGUGAACAUAUUAGUCACAAUUCCUAAUUAG